AUGACGCGAUUCACGUUAAGCCUCACGAGAUUUGGUGUCUCGUGGCAAACGAAGACAGAGAGGAAACGUCGAGGCACCAAGUUCGUGGUCCCCGACGUCUCAUUCUGUAAGUGCCCUUGGUUCCGUGACGGCCUUGAACUGUUCGAGCUGGAGUUCCCACUGGUCGAGCGCGACUACUGGAUCCCUGAGCUCGACUCCAAGACAGCUUGGCGCUCGAGCCCGCCAGAAUACGCUAGAUCGCUGGCAUGGCUCCACCACUUGGUCUUCGUGGCGGGCAAGGAAGACAACGUCGACAUGUCUGUCUUGAACCCGGUCACCGAUCUCACGUCGCAUUCGGCACGUGCGACAAUGCUGGAUCAAGCAGUUCAUUUUGACCGCAGCGCUCAGGAGAUCGGGGUGCAAGCGAACUGGAAAAAUCCGGGCCCGCUCGUGCUCAAGUACACGCGCUCGCGCAGCUCUCUUCCUGCCAAGAUGAUCAAAGAGCUGGUGCAGGAGAUCUCGCGCGAGUUCACGCCCGAGUGUGCUAACGAGGACGACGAGAUCGACGACCACGAAGAUCGAGGCGUGACUCUCGCAGAGUUCUUCGUUAAAGAGAUCGCUUGCAAACGGGCGAUCACCCCGGAGUUUGUGCACAUCGGUUCAGUCCUUCCUGAUCCGAAGUGCUGUCGUGUGCCUUGGCUUCGCGCUCGUGCUGCCGAAAGUGUUUGCUCAAGCGCAAUAGCUGUUAUCAAGAUGGUCGACCGUACUGUCUACCCCAACAAAGACAAGGUUCCAGAGCUGGCGCUGCGCCAGAUCUUCGGACGCCAAAAGCUUCCCGAGGCGCUCUGCCUGCUCAUGGCCGACAAAGGGAUGCUGCUGGUCGAAAGAAUGGCUAUGCUCGGUGAUAGCAUUGCCUCGGUCAAGGCAACUUUGAAAGCAAUCGUCGGCGAUGACAACCAGUUCGGCCCAGAUGCUCCUGCACAAGAACUUUCUCUCACUCUUCUCACGGCCGUUUGGAAGUCAUGUUCGGUUCUGCAAGAACAUUUCUCCGCUCGAAGGGCCAGGAUGGAAGAAGAUCCGUCCAAGAUCCCCGAGAUCCCGGGAGAAGACCACGCCGAGUUCAGGGAGAUCUUCGUGAACCACCACCCGGACGUUAUCCUCACCUACAUGCGAGUCGCUGAGAUGCGCACUCGAGCCGAUCGGAUCGUGCAGACCUCGGGUUUCUCUAAAACAUCAGACGAUCUCCUGAGGGUGGUGCAAUCCGACAACAAAGUCUCGAUCGCCUCCGACUCCGACGUGAUGGAUUGUCUUCAUGCUUUCUUCAUCGCCCUCGAGUAUCUCAAUAUAUGCGACUUCACGAUCGAGGCAGGCCCGCUCAAGUACCUCUCGGAGCUCGAGGAAUGGCGCCAUGACAAUCGCGGCUUGGCAGUUCUGCUGGCGGCUGAGGUGCUCACACACCACAAGCAGCUCUGGAACGAUGCACGAUCGACAGCAGAGCUCGAGAAGUUCCGCCAGGCAGAGCACGAGGUCUCGACUCCCGCGAAAAGGCCUCGAUCUACCUCUCCGACUACCGCUCCGACGCCGCCUAAGAACGAAGCUCGUUCUCGGAAGAACAAAGCUCGCCGCGAAAAGAACAAGGCUUUGCUCAAGAAGCUCAGCGAUGAUCUCAAGGACAAGGAGAAACCGACUAAACCCUCGGUCAAGCUCACCGAGAAAGUGGAGCGCGAUCAGCGCGUGCCCGAGAAAGAAUGGAAGAAGAUCAUGUCCUUCUCCUAUACGGGUGCUCGCCGCUGUCCGCUCUACAACUGCUCGCUGGGAUGGAUUGCAACAAAGGCAGCGAAUGACGCUCCAGUUCAGGAGCCGACAGCUGCUGAGCUUUGCUCGCCUCCUCCGUGGGCAUCUUGGUCUCAGGUGCCCCGUGACCCAGAUCUAGUGAAAGGUCUUGGUCCUUGGUGCCUCGAGAUCUUCUCUGGAACUGCAGGCAUCUCGGCACAAUGGCAACAACAGGGUCUUUUGGUUUUGCCACCGAUCGACGUCACAUGCUCUGGCGUCGUUCUGGAGCCGGUUGACAUCCUGGACGCAUCGAUCUUCGAGUUUGUCAAACUGCUCUGCAGAAUGGGGGCUAUCGUCUUCCUGCACCUGGGCACGCCAUGCUCUUCUUUCAGCUUGGACCACCAAUGGCAGGUCACUCUCGCGAAUGAGCUUCUCUUUCGUUCUCUCGAGCUCUUCGCGGCAGUGGUUCAAUCGGGGGGUGAUGCUUCUAUCGAGAAUCCUCGAUCGAGUCUCCUUUGGCAAGUUCCACAGGUACAACAGCUCAAGAUCCAGCUCCACCUUUACAAUGUUGACGUGGACCAGUGUCAGUUCGGCUCUGCCUUUCGCAAGCCUACUCGUUUUCUGGUCAGCGAUGCUCGCUUUCUGACUUUAGCUCGAUCUUGCGAUGGCUCACAUCAACAUUCGCCUCUUAAAGGACGGCUCCGUUUGCCUUGGGGCGAGGUGGUGUUCAUGACCAAGAUCGCCCAGGAGUACCCCAACGCGCUCUGUGUGCUCUUCUCGGAGAUCACCCAUGCGGUCGUGUUCGGCAUCUUCCCCCAGUUCGAAGCGUCUUUCAAAUUGGUCGCGCCCAUGAGCGACCGCAAACGCCAGCUCGGCGAUGCGGUUGCUUGGCAAGGACAUCGACAGGAGCAAGCCGCUCAGCUUGCGUGCUCCAGCGGCUAUCAGCUCAAGCGCGGAGCGGCCAAGCCGCUGCUCGAUGUCGAAUGUGAACCGGGGGUAGCGAUCAAGUGGACGCUCCAAGUUCCACAUCCUUUCACUGUUCAGCCAUCUCUGCCGGACUCGAUCCUGCAGAACAUCAAGACGAUCGUUGCCGAGCCAGAUCUUCUUCAACAACGUCGACAUGCUCGUCUAGACUUCUGGCGACAGCGGGCUCAUGCGCUUUUGCCAACAACAGAUCAGGAACUCAGAGCCAUUCAAGAUCCAUGUUUGCGACGCCUUCUUCGAGGCGUUCCUGACCAUGUGGAUCUGCAGCUCGGCUCUUGUGCGCACGUCAAGCUCUACGACGAGCUCUUCGCGGCAGUCGGCUCCGUGGACCCGCUCUUGCUCCAAGGCAUCCGCGACGGUUUCCCGAUCGUGGGGAACAUCCAGCGAUCAGGUCCUUAUGGAAAGCGGAAAGCGACGAUGGAAGAUGUGUUCGAGGGCUCUACUGUGGGGCCGUUCGGCUCCGAGGACGAGGUUUCUGAGUUCUUGGGCUGCUCGGACUGGAUCCCGACUCAGCGCUUUGAGGUGGUUCAAAAGAACAAAGUUCGAGGCUGUGACAGUGCUACAUCUAAUUUGAUCAACAAGACGGCGGUGAUCACCGAGAAGCUCCAGCUGGUGUCUACGGAUCUCAACGUUGCUGUUCUGCGGGAGCUGCGGACGCGUGGCGGCGAUCGCGCUCUGGCAGGAUGGGUUCUGGAUGAGAGAAAAGCCUAUCAGAUCCUGAGGAUGGGGUGCCGAAGUACCUCUUACCUCGUCAUGAUCGGGCACUCCUUCGGCCUGGUCGCGGCAGUCUACAACUACAAUCGCCGCUCGGCUUUCAUUAACUAUGUUCUGAUUAAGAUCUUCGAGAUGGUCGCCUUCAACUUCUACGAUGACAA